AUUCUUCAGUCCAUUGAAACAAUUCCUCUCUAUCUCGUUCAUUGUUUGCUCUCUGUUCGAUUCUAGUUUUUUUUUCUCCAUCAGUGUUUCGGCAGGAAACACUACUAUGUCGGCAAUAGCUAAUCUCCUGGUUUCAGCGCCCAAAACGCCCUCUUUCCGCCCGAUAGAUCCACCGUAUCCAGAGAGAACGUCCGUCGUCUUCAUCUGCCGUCAACGUUCCUGUGGCGGACGCUGGAUUUCCAGACCCAUCAGAGCAUGCCUAUCAUCCGACAAGGUAGGGGGCGAGGGAGGUGACCAUGACGUUCGUUCAGCUUCAACAAAGAGAUUAAGUUUUGGGAAGCAGCUUCUGAGUAUUGCUUCAGACAACUUCUUGCCUCUAGCUCUUGUUAGUGGUGUCGUGAUUGGCCUUGCAAAUCCGGUUCCUGGCUGCCUUGCUGACAAAUACUCUCUCUCAAAGUUCAGCACAUUUGGGAUAUUUAUUAUAUCAGGGUUGACUUUACGUAGUGACGCUGUCGGAGCAGCUGUGAAAUCAUGGGCUGUUGGAGUCUUUGGGCUAUUCUCUAUUUUAUUCUUCACUCCAUUCUUCUCAAGGCUAAUUAUGCAGAUUCAACUCCAACCGCAAGAACUUGUUACAGGGCUGGCAAUAUUUAGCUGUAUGCCUACCACUUUAUCAAGCGGUGUAGCCCUUACUCAUCUUGCUGGUGGCAACUCUGCUCUUGCUCUUGCUAUGACUCUUAUAUCUAACUUAUUAGGAAUUUUAAUUAUUCCAAUUUGGAUCUCGAAAUACAUUGCUGCGGGAAUGGGCGUCUCGAUUCCUACUGGCCAACUUUUCAGAAGUCUUAUUGUUACUCUGUUAAUACCUCUAAUCAUUGGAAAGGUCAUGAGGGAAUCCUUCAAAGGUUUGGCGGACUUUGUUGACGGGAAUCGAAAACUCUUCUCGAAAAUCAGUGCAAUCUUCCUCAGUUUAGUGCCAUGGAUGCAAGUGAGUCGGUCCAGGUCGCUGUUACUAAUGGUUAAGCCUGCAGUUUUCCUUGCAGCGGUCGGGAUGGGAAUAUUGCUGCAUCUUUCCCUUUUAGCAUUCAAUGCUCUUUCCAUACGAAUCAUCUCGAGCGUUUCAGGUGGUAGGAAUUCUGCCUUCUCCAGGGAAGAAAAUGUGACGGCAGUUUUGCUCGUUGCAAGCCAGAAAACGCUACCCGUCAUGGUGGCAGUGGUUCAGCAACUAGGAGGUGCAUUUGGUGAACCAGGGCUUUUGGUUCUUCCUUGUGUGGCUGCUCACCUUAUUCAGAUCGUCAUGGACUCGUUUCUCGUUAGCUUUUGGCUCCGGAAGUAUAACACCAGCUCUUCGGUUAGUCCCAAGGCAGCCUGAAAUUGAACAAAGAAGGCCUUGCUGUAUGUAAUUCAAGAUUUUGCCUGAAGGGUUUUCGGGAAAGAAACUUGAAGAUCUUAAAGCAAGAUUCUUGGAAGAAGGUAACAAAGAAUCUGAUGAACACUGAGAAAAUGGCAAUGGAAAGCAAAAUGCUUUCUGUUCAUGGGAUCUGUUGUAUCUUAAGGGAUCUUUCAUCGUACUUUGUACCGUAGAUAUGUUGCCGCCGAUUCAGAUUUACCUCUGGCGUUGGGCAAAAGAAUGAUUAGCAUAGCUUUAACCCCUUCCAACGUUUGUUUAGUUCACCCACAUCAAAUUUGCAAGAAACCUUAACACGGACAAUCCAACAUUCUAGUACCUGUCUUCUAGAAACAAGUGCGAACCCUAAAUAGACAGUACUUGUUGUAUUGAUAAUCGAGUAGAAUAUUGACAAAGAUUGCCCCUUUCGUCUCUGUUUUCUUUCAUCUUUCUCUGCGCUUUGUCAGCAUCCAAACAUGGAUUCUGCAGAAUCUAAAAUCACGAAUCCAUCGUCCCAGUUUGUUCAAUGAAUUAGCGUUGUUUGGGUGAACUUUGUCAUAUCUUCUUGAGAGAGAUGAUGAACAUGAACAUCUUACUGUUCUUACUGCCUAGAAUCUUAUGCAACUUUGUCUUAGGGAUUCAAUCAUUUGACAGGCUCCAACGGGAAGAGUGGUUCAUUUGCAGAUCUGGAAAACAUAAAAAUCGGAUUUCGAUCACGUUAAAGGCGAGAAGAAUGAAGGAG